AUGUCUCAGUCGGGCAAAGUCUACCACGUGUACGUGGAAGUGCGGGACAGUGAGGGACUGGAACAGAUGAUGCUUCAGCCGGGCCCGGAUGUCCUCCCCAUGACGCAGCGAGCGGUAGGCCCCCCUCCUAACCCCCACCACCACCAACACCAGCACCAGGCCUCCCACUGCGCCACCAGCUCCCCAGGGAGGCUGCACAAAGGCGGGGGCAGCAACCAAAGCCUCGCCUCCAACAAGUCCUCCUCCAGGCACUCUGUGGGGUACCACCAUGUUGGCCACCCAGGCCUCGACGAGCCCCAGCCCCACACGCAGGUGUACGUAGGCGGGCACCAUCGUCAGAGCUUGCCCUACGACAUUGGCCUCGGGCAGCUGCUCUCCUCCUUGCACACGGCCGGCAGCAGCAGUGGACAAAACGGCGGUCUGAUGCGGGCGCGAUCCAUGGAGGGGGACCCGUUCUACGGGGGCAGGGAGAGCCACCACAGCCUGGGUGGGAGGUACACCGCGCCCUCUACGCCCAGUGCGGGGAGACGUUCGUAUGGAGGAGGAGGCGGAAGUUCGACGGGAAGGGAUGGAGAGGGAAGGAGGUCCGUGGUCACCUUCAGCUACAUUGACAAGGGCUGUGUGCAGCCAGUGGACGGACUGCAUGGGUUCCCCCACUACAGCAGCGACCCGGACCUGGAACCUGAGCCGGAACCUGAGCCGCAGAACCCGUUCAACCGGGCCUUGGAGGAGGAGGCGGCGCAACGGGCGGCCGGUCUCUCGCGGAAGCGGCUCAGCGACCCCAUACAGUUCAGCAGCUGGGAGUCCCUGGGCGGUGGCGGCGGUUUAAGUGGAGGCUACGGAUAUGCUGGUUCUGGCACGACUGGAUACGGGUCCAGAUUGACGGCAUCGCAGCGUCACACUCUGAACCUGCGCAGAGCCACGCUGGACUCCAUCGCCCGAGAGGCCACGUCCCGGGCUCUUGAGGACUUUGGGUCGCCACAGAUCCGCAGACGCCUGGAAAACCAAAACCAGAACCAGAAUCACACCCAAGCCCACAUGCAGGAGCCGUCCCCUCCACGGUGCCGCUCCGUGGGCAGCUCUCCGAUCCUGCCCAGAGGCCACAGCACCCUGCCGGCCAACGCCCAUCUGGUGGACCUGGGCGACCGGAACAACUCGUUGGGCUUUGGAGCUAUGCCUCGCAGCCCUGCCACGGACCACCUGGCGUCCCACACCAGGUCAGGGUACUACACGGUGUCCCGGGCCCCCCACUACGCCACCCCUGUGCAGAGACAGUGGCCAGUGGAUGACCGCAGACAGUGGCAGGUGGACGACAGGAGGCAGUGGCACGCUACCCCUGCCACUGUCGUGGACGACAGCGCCAGGCUCCCCAACAAAUACAGCCCCACCCUUCCGUCCUGCCGGCCGACCGCCAUCCAGCACGACAUCCCAGCCAUGACCGUCACCAAGGCACCCCCGUUGCCCGAGCAACAGAAGCCGCCCAACCACCAGCAUCAGCACCAGGCCAGUGACGGCCAACGCUCCUCCCACCGGGUCAACUUCAAUCUGGACGCUGCCAAGCGACGAGCGAAAAUGGACGACGGCACGAACCACUAUCCUUCAGGCGAGGGAGGAGGAGGAGGAGGAGGAGGAAGGAGGAAGAUUGUCUCACCCUCCGUCAGCCCAGACCUGGCGCGCAAGCUGGCCGAAGAGGCCACCAAGCUGUCCACCAUCUUCAUGGAGCGCCGCACCCCCUCGCCGGCGCCCUCCAGCGGCGAGGAGACCAACCGCUCCGACAGCCCGCACUCGCGGGAUUCGCAGAUCUACGCCAGCCAUUCGGACGUCAGCCUGCCGUUCCAUGACUUCCACUGGGGCUCAGAGAGGGAGUCGGUGAAGAGCAGCGCCCCCCAGUCGGGGCACACCUCCCCCCAGCCCCCGUUCCGGAGUGGGGCGUCCCCGGCCCCCAUCCCCAGGCUGCAUCGCCCCGAAACGUCCCCAUCGCCGGUCAGGGACCCCCGACUGGAUAUGGGCGACCUCGUGGGGCAGGCAAGUCCCACCCCGCAUCGCCAGCAGCCCCCGCAGUUCACAGGCGGGGAUGGCUGGUCCCCGGCACUCGACCGCAGGAUGCCCCAGCAGGCGUUGAGGUACAUCCAGCAGCUCAGGGAGAGCCCCGAGAUCCUCCGCAGGGGGUACCUCGACACCGGUGGCGGCGUUGGUGACGGUGGGCAGCACCCCAACGAGAUCCCAGUGAGCUGGGCGGUCCAGCUCCAGCGCUGGAGGGAGGAGAGGCUGCUCCGGGAGAUGGAGCGAUGCGAGCAGCCAUACAGCAACAUCAACACCAACAACAGUGCCAGCCUCACCGCAGCCCUGUUCGCCUCCACCAGAGAGGACAACAUGAAGAGGAGGGUGGAUGCUGCCGAGGCAGAUCAACGAGGAGGAGGCGGUGGUGGCAGUGGCAGUGGAGGUGACAGCGGUGACAGCGGUGGCUCGUCUAAGAGCUCCAGCGGGGUGACGGGGAGCCUUGGGGACAGCUCCCAGCCGGAGAGGGACAGCCUGUCCACGGAGGCGUCCAGUCAGGGCAGCCGCAGGAGCAGCGACAGCCCACACAGCACCACAGCAGGGGGGCAGUCCGACAGCUCCUCAGGGCUCGGGUCUUCGGUGCGUUCCCAGAAGAUCGCCCGUGCCAAAUGGGAGUUCCUCUUUGGGUUACCCACCAGUUACGACCUCCCUGGAACCAAAGACUCUCCUGGUGCCUCAACUCUGCCCUCUGGUGGCUACUCCAGAAAGCCUCCUACUACCAGCAGCACCAUGAACCCCAGCAGCAACAGCCCAGCCACCCUGCCCAGGAAGCCCCAGAGGAGGGGCAAGGCCUUGGGCAUGCAGAAGGACGACCACCUGCUUCAGCAGCAGCUCAGCCACCAUGAGGUGCAGCAGGUGGAAGUGGAGCUGGUGGGGCCGCCAUCCUCGGCCUCUGCAGGGCUGUCAUCCUCCCCGGCGUGCGCCAUUCGGCAGAGCGUCUCCCCGGCCGUCUCCCCGCGCACUGGCAUCAUCCGCCGCACCGUCAAGUACUCCGAGACGGACCUGGACGCUGUGCCCAUGCGCUGUUACCGGGAGACAGACCUGGACGAGCUGAUGCAGGAGGAGGGAGUAGAGGGAGGGAGGAAGGGGAUGUUGGGGGAUGGAGGAGGAGGAAGGAGAGGGAGAGGCAGAGGCAGAGGAGGAGAGGUGGAGCGGGUGGUGGAGGAGGAAGGGGUGGUCAGCUGGGCCACUGUCCGGAUGCUGGGGGACAGGAAGAGACAGGCAGCCACCGCGACCAGGACCAAUGAGGACGCACACGUGCUCAGCAGACUGCUCAGAGGAGCCUCCGGUGACAACUCGUCUGACAACCACUCCACCCUCAAGUCCCCCGUUCCCGCUGCCAACCCGCGCCGCAUCUCAGCCGAGGGCCUCGACUCCUUCAGCCGGCACUUUGAGAGCAUCAUGGAAUCCCACCGCGCCAAGGGUACAUCCUACAGCAGCCUGGACAGUGUGGACAUGACCUCCAGCGGUCCGCCCGUCUUCACCUUUGACCUCCCGACCUUGACCCCGGAGAUCCAGAGCCAGAUCUGUGCCAGCGCCCGGCAGCUGAGCGAGCUGGGCUUCGCCCCCCUGGUGCAGGCGGAGGGCCUGAGCCUCAGCCUCAGCCUGGGCCGCAGCCUGGCCGACCGCACCGGCGGCUCGGACCCCACCCUGGCCCCCUUCAAGGAGGGCGGAGCGGGAGAGGAGUUGGACGGGGCCUCGGACGACGACACCACAGCCGGCAGCGGCUCCACUUCGGAGGAGUCGUCACUCGGCGCAGUGCAGUUCCUAGAGGGCCCAGCGGAUCUGCAGGGGGGCCACGGCGGCGGGAGACGGGGCGACGCUGUCCUUCUCCGAGGGUCCUUCGUCGCUUUGGGUGCGGAACGGGGGUGCGGGGAGACCUGGGCGAGGGGGGGUAACAAGGGCCCUGAGAGGAUGGCCCGCUACAUGCUGUGCUGGGGGGGAGGGGCUCUGGAGGACAGCUACCUGUACGCACCUUAUCCAGCCACGUACAGGGAGAAGGCGUGCCACGUGCCCGAGUCAGACCCAGAGGUGGCGGAGCGGCUGGCGCUGGGUAGCCCUGACAACCUCUCCAACGGCAACAAGGCCGACCUGGACGCCGCCAAGAGGCUGGCCAAGCGCCUCUACAAGCUUGACGGCUUCCGGAAGUCCGACGUGGCGCGGCACCUCGGCAAAAACAAUGACUUCAGUAGGAUGGUGGCGGAGGAGUACCUGGCUUUCUUUAACUUCACAGGGCUGACGGUGGACCAGGCGCUGAGGGCCUUCCUGAAGGAGUUUGCCCUGAUGGGAGAGACCCAGGAGAGGGAGCGAGUGCUGUCCCACUUCUCCAAGAGGUACCUGCAGUGCAACCCCAGCUCCGUACCCAGCGAAGACAGCGUCCACACUCUGACCUGUGCACUGAUGCUGCUCAACACAGACCUGCAUGGCCACAACAUUGGGAAGAGGAUGUCCUGCAUGCAGUUCAUUAGCAACCUGGAGGGCCUGAAUGAUGGACAGGACUUCCCCAGAGAGCUGCUGAAGGCGCUGUACAACUCCAUUAAGAAUGAGAAGCUCCAAUGGACCAUAGAUGAGGAGGAGCUGCGCAGGUCUUUCUCGGAGCUGGCAGAGACGCGGACAGAUUCUGCUUCCCACACCAUGAAGAGGAUCAACAGUGGGGGAAACCCCCUGGUCAGCCUGGCGCAGCAGUCCAACGCACAGCUCUUCAAGAACGGCUUCCUGGUCCGCAAAGUGCACGCCGACAUCGACGGCAAAAAGACUCCCCGUGGCAAACGAGGAUGGAAAUCGUUCUACGCUAUUUUGAAGGGCCUGGUUCUGUACUUACAAAAGGGAGAGUACCGGCCAGAUAAGCAGCUGAGCGAUGAUGAUCUGAAGAACGCGGUGUCCAUCCACCACGCCCUGGCCAUGAAGGCAGCCGACUACAGCAAGAGGCCACACGUCUUCUACCUGCGCACAGCAGACUGGAGGGUCUUCCUCUUUCAGGCACCUAAUGCGGAGCAGAUGCAGUCGUGGAUCACCCGCAUCAACACGGUGUCGGCCAUGUUUUCCGCUCCUCCCUUCCCUGCUGCCAUCGGUUCCCAGAAGAAGUUCAGUCGGCCCUUGCUGCCCGGAUCCACAACAAAGCUCACACAGGAUGAGCAGGUCCAGUCCCAUGAAGCACGCUUUCGUGCUGUGCAGUCGGAGCUCAUUGAGCUGCGUGCUGUCCCUCCCAGUCGAAAGGUCAAAGGUCGUGAGCUGGAGGAGUACAAGCAGAGAGAGGAGUACCUCGACUUUGAGAAAACGCGCUACCACACCUACAGCAUGCUGCUGAGGGCCAAGAUCCGCAGCGGCGAGUCGGACCUGGCGGCGUUUGAGGCGCGUCUCUUCAGCGACGCAGGCCUGCAGCGUGCCCAGUCCAGCCCCACGCUGGCCCAGGAGACCUCCAUCAGCAGCCAGGUCAGCAGCAGCAGCGGCAGCAGCGCCAGCGGCAGUGCCAGUGCCAGCAUCAGUGCCGGGGGCAACAGCAGCAGUGUCGCCGCCGGCAACAGCAGUAGUGUUGCUGGGGGCAACAGCAGUAGUGUUGCUGGGGGUAACAGCAGUAGUGUUGCUGGGGGCAACAGUAGUAGCGUCGCCGCGGGCAACAGCAGCAGCAUCAACAGGAUGACCGGACAAAACGUUGCGAGCAUGAGUGCCAGCGGCAGUGGUGGCGGCGGCAAGAGGGGCGGGAAAUGCUUGGAGGGACCAAGACCGAGCUACAGGAAGGCCAUCAAACUCUGA